AUGGGGGAGGUGGGUGUGACGGACAGCAGUGUGGACGGCUGCCCCCGGGCCAAGAGGAGAAAGAGUCUAGACAGACAAACCCUGGAAACCUCCCCCAAGAGGAGCACCUACAUAGAUGACAUGGACAACUCCACCAUGGAGGAGUGCUACGAGACCGACGAGGACAUUCAGAAGAGCAGCAGCGGGAGGAGGGGGGGCAACGGCAGCGCCAAAUCUGGCCCGGCGACAGAGAAGGACAACAACAACAACGAGGAGUACGAGAACUACGAUGAACUAGUGGCCAAGUCCCUGCUCAACCUGGGCAAGAUCGCAGAGGACGCCGCCAACCGAGCCAUGACGGCAGAGGAGAUGAACAGCAACUCCUCCAACAGUGCUGAGGAAGAGGACGAUGACGAGGAAGAGGACGAGGAGGACGACGAGGAGGAGGAGGAAGAGGAGGAAGAAGAAGAGGGGGCAGAAACACAGAGGGGUGAUCUGAGUUUGGACAUUGACAGUGAUGUGGUGCGGGAGACGGUGGACUCCCUUAAACUUCUGGCACAAGGUCACGGCACAGUAUUGUCUGACAAUUCAGACGGACAGGAGUUUGGGGACGGCACAGGCGAGAACGACUGUGGUCACAACGCACACGGUGGUAAUGGACAAGUUAAGAUCAACAGUAAUGGGCAAAUCGAAAACAGCGACGAGGAGGUGUGUUUGAGCAGUCUGGAGUGCCUACGAAACCAGUGCUUCGACUUGGCUCGCAAACUAAGCGAAACCAAGUCCACCGACCGAAAUGGACCGUCCCAGCAAAACCAUUUCUCAUGCGGGGAUCCCAAUCAACAGCCCCAGCACCACAGCUACGGGGACUUCCACCACAGCCAAGAAGACAGGCGAACUCUUGACAGGAACUAUUCCGACAUGGACAAUCUCAUGAAGCUGGAGGAGCAGCUGAGCCCGCGCUCCAAGGCCUUCUCCAGUUGCGCACAGGACAACCGCUAUCACACCAACCUCCGGGACUUCGACGAGGACACGGCCUCCGUGACGUCGGACCGAUCGGAAGAAGUGUUCGACAUGACGAAGGGUAACCUGUCCCUGUUGGAGAAAGCCAUUGCACUAGAGUCAGAACGCGCCAAGGCCAUGCGGGACAAAAUGGCGUCCGAGGCCGCCAGGAGAGACGGGGUGAGGUAUAACCACGAAGACCAUGGCCCGCGGCAUGGCUACGGUGUGGAGCGUAAAGCCCGGCUUCCUGAUGGUAUGAAGAAGCCUUUCUACCAUAAAGACGCCUCACGUGCGGACAAGAAGGAGAGCCGGUGUCCGACGCCGGGCUGCGACGGCACGGGUCACGUCACGGGCCUGUACCCCCACCACCGGAGCCUGUCCGGCUGUCCGCACAAAGACAGGGUGCCACCAGAAAUCGUGGCUAUGUAUGAGAAUGUUCUUAAGUGUCCUACGCCUGGCUGCACGGGACGCGGCCAUGUCAAUAGCAACAGAAACUCCCACAGAAGUCUGUCAGGAUGUCCCAUCGCUGCAGCCGAGAAGCUGGCCAAAGCCCAGGAGAAGCACCAGGGCUGCGAUGUCCCCAAGUCCAACCAGGCCUCUGACCGAGUCUUAAGGCCUAUGUGCUUUGUCAAACAACUGGACUAUCCACAGUAUGGUUACAAGAACAAUGUUUCCACCAGCACGCCCCGCUCCAACCUGGCCAAGGAGCUGGAGAAGUACUCCAAGACCAGCUUCGACUACAGCGCCUUCGACGGCAGUAACAACCACCAAGUGUACGGGAAACGGGCCAUCGCACCUAAAGUCCACGGGCAGAGGGACGGCUCCCCCAAAGGAUACGACGCCAAGCGGUACUGCAAGACCUCCAGCUCGGCCAGCAGCACCACCAGCACCUACGCUCCCAGCAGCAGCAGCAGCAGCCUGAGCUGCGGAGGCGGAGGAGGGGGCGCGGGAGGCGGACGGGGGGGCGGGGGCAGCAGCGCCAGCAGCACUUGCAGCAAGAGCAGCUUCGACUACAGCCACGACAUGGAGGCCGCCCACAUGGCGGCCACGGCCAUCCUCAACCUGUCCACGCGCUGCCGGGAGAUGCCCCACGGCAUGGGGGGGAAGCCCCAGGAACUGUGCUCGCAGAGCCCCGGUCUAGACGUUGAUGAGAACGGUACGCUGGACCUGAGUAUGAGCAAGCGUCUGUGCAGCGGGGGCGGAGGCGACUCGGUGCUCACCCCUCUAGAGCCCAUGUCCCCCCAGAGGCAGGCCGCCCUGCUGGGCUCCCGCUGCUACGGCAUGGGGGACGCCGCCGACUGCUGGGACCUGCCCGUAGACUACACCAAGAUCAAACACAUAGACGAGGACGAGAAAGAGCCGGACGACCUGGACCCCUUCCAUGACCUGCUGGAGGACCGCUCCUACACCGCCGACGUCAACAUGCCCAGCCCCAAGCCCAAGUACGUCCACUGCAAGGAGAGCAAGAAGGACCUGAUAACUCUCUCAGGUUGUCCUUUAGCUGAUAAAAGCAUUCGAAGUAUGCUGGCCAACAACGCACAAGAGCUCAAGUGCCCGACACCAGGGUGCGAUGGUUCGGGACAUAUCACUGGCAACUACGCCUCACACAGAAGUCUCUCUGGGUGUCCGCGGGCCAGGAAAAGUGGGAUAAAGAUCAUCCACAGCAAAGAGAACAAGGAGGACCAGGAACCUAUCAGGUGUCCAGUGCCCGGGUGUGAUGGACAGGGACACGUGACGGGGAAGUACGCGUCCCACAGAAGCGCAUCGGGGUGCCCCAUAGCAGCCAAGAGACAAAAGGACGGCUACCUCAACGGCAUCCAGUUCACGUGGAAGUCCGGAAAGACGGAGGGCAUGUCCUGCCCCACGCCGGGCUGUGACGGCUCGGGUCACGUCAGCGGCAGCUUCCUGACACAUCGGAGUCUGUCCGGUUGUCCACGCGCCACCUCGGCCAUGAGGAAAGCCAGGCUCUCCGGAGUGGAAAUGCUAACAAUAAAGCAGCAGCACACCGGCAACGGACUGGAGCAUGAAGAGGACAUCAAACAGCUGGAUGAAGAAAUCAAAGAUUUAAGUGAAUCAAACUCGCAGGUGGAAUCAGACAUGAUCAAACUCAGAACACAGAUCACAACAAUGGAGUCCAGCCUGAAGUCCAUAGAGGAGGAAAACAAGGUGAUUGAACAGCAAAAUGAAUCUCUCCUGCAUGAGCUGGCCAACCUCAGCCAGUCACUGAUUAACAGUUUAGCUAAUGUCCAGCUCCCUCAUAUGAAACCACUGGCACACAAAGAGCCUCCUCUGAGGAACAACAGCUGCUUACAGCUGCACCAGCAAGAGCCAAUAAGCGAGCAGAACUUUGACGCCUACGUCACCACCCUCACGGAUAUGUACUCGAACCAGGACCAGUACCAGAGCCCAGAAAACAAAGUCCUGUUGGAGAACAUCAAGCAGGCGGUUCAAGGGAUUCAAGUGUAG